GGAAGCGAGGGCAGGUGAAAGGAGCAGGCGGGGACGAGGUAGUGAGAGAGAGUCACAGAGAGAGGAGGAAUCAGAGAAGGUGAAGGGGACAGAAGGAGAGAACAAGCGAGAGAUGGGGGGAUAGUGGGGACAAAAAGAGAUAAAAGCAGAGAGAGAGAGAGUGGGAGCAAGAGAGGUAGAAUAGUGCAGAAAGAGGACUAGAGCGUGUAGGAGCAAAAAAAGAGAGAGGGAAGAAGGAGGGAGGGGCGGAGCGAGUUAAGGGAGAGGGAGAGCUCGGGGAGGGGCAGCGGGACGGGACGGGAAGGUCCAGGCACGGAUGAGCGACUGGAUCCCUGACUCCGCCGGCUCAGGAUGCUGCGGGUGUUUGUUCUGUGCGCCGAGGGGCUGCAGAUCAUCGAGCAGGACAUCAGCGACGCUUACUGUGGGGUGAUCUUCCAAGGUGUAAAGAAGAAGACCAAAGUGAUCAAGAACAAUUUAAAUCCAGUCUGGAAUGAGGGCUUCGAAUGGGACUUGAAAGGAACUCCGCUGGAUCCAAGUUCUGAGAUCCACGUUGUCGUGAAGGACCAUGAAACCAUGGGCAGAAACAGGUUUCUGGGAGAGGUCCACACCACCCUGAACGAUGUCUUCAGCUCCCCGCACCUGGUGGCCAAAUACAAUCUCGCUUUGGUGGACACAAAGAAACAGAAUACUGGGGCCACCAUAGUUCUCCAGGUUUCAUACAUCCCACCUCCGGGGGCGCCACCCUUAAUGCCUCCACCUGCUCCGCCCGAGGUGCCGGUGGCUACAGGGUCUCCCGACGCUGACACCCUCACUGAUACUGGUGGCGAGGGAGAGGAGGACACCGAAGAUCCUCAGGGCACGGGCGAUGAAGUCGAACCCUCGCCAGGGACCCCAGGUGUCGAGCCACCCAGUUUUCCAAAGAAACCACCCACCAGUGUGGUCCACGGGAUCAAGAAGAGGAAACGGCCGACGAAACAACUCCUCCCAAACAAGCCCCAGGACAUCCAGGUGAGAGUGCACGUGGCAGAAGGUCGUCAGAUCCCGGGCAUCAACAUCAGGCCAGUGGUUAAAGUGACGGUUGCCGGGCAGACAAAGACCACUCGCAUCCGCAAAGGCAACAACCCAGUCUUUGACGAGACCUUUUUCUUCAACUUCUACGAUACUCCAGCUGAUCUUUUUGAUGAGCCGAUAUUCAUCAUGAUAUACAACUCUCACACUCUGCGCACGGACUCUGUGAUUGGGGAGUUCAAGCUGGACAUUGGGACGGUUUACUCCGAGCCAAAGCAUGCUUUCCUCAGGAAGUGGCUCCUUCUCUCUGACCCUGAUGACCUGGCUGCUGGGGCUAAGGGCUACCUGAAGGUCAAUCUCAUCGUCCUGGGCACUGGCGAUGAAGCACCCAUGGAGAAGAAAGAUGGCUCUGAAGACAAAGAAGACAUUGAGGGGAACCUGCUCCGGCCCAACGGCGUGUCUCUGCGAGGUGCCUACUUCACACUGAAGGUUUACCGAGCGGAGGAUCUCCCACAGAUGGACGAUGCUGUAAUCGACAGUGUCAAGCAGAUCUUCGGAUUUGACAGCAACAAGAAAAAUCUCGUUGACCCGUUUGUGGAAGUGAGCUUCGCUGGGAAAAUGAUCUGCAGUAAGAUCAUCGAGAAGAACGCCAAUCCUCAGUGGAACCAGAGCCUCGUGCUGCCAAUUAGGUUUCCCUCUAUGUGUGAGAAAAUGAGGAUUCGCCUCACUGACUGGGAUCGCCUCUCUCACAAUGACGUGAUUGGCACCACCUACUUGUGUAUGUCCAGAAUCUCAGCCCCAGGAGGAGAGAUCGAAGAUGUUUCCCCAGCGAAGGCUGAAACCAUCAGUGGCUGUAGGUUCCGUGCGAUGACUGUGCUCAAUGAUUUGGUUGACGAUGGUCUGGGAUACCUGCCCACCUUUGGGCCCUGCUUCGUGAACCUGUACGGCAGCCCACGAGAGUUCACGGGCUUCCCCGACCCCUAUGCGGAUAUGAACCUCGGAAAGGGUGAGUCGAUGGCCUAUCGAGGAAGGGUACUGCUGGAACUGAGCACUAAGCUGGUGGAACGGGCAGAGCAGAAGAUUGAGGAAAUUCCCUCAGACGAGCUCCUGAGACUUGAGAAGCACCUGCGCCGUCGCAAGUUCCACCUCUGCGCCGUCUUCUACUCUGCCUCCAUGCUUCAGGAGGUGAGCGACGCGGUCCAGUUUGAGGUCAGCAUCGGCAACUACGGCAACAAGUUCGAUGCCACCUGUCUCCCUCUGGCCUCUACCACUCAGUACAGCCGGGCUGUGUUUGACGGCUGCCAUUAUUACUUCCUGCCCUGGGGGAACAUCAAACCUGUGGUGGUGUUAUCGUCCUACUGGGAAGACAUCAGUCACAGGACCGACGCUCUCAACAUCCUGCUCCAUGCCGCGGACAGACUUGAAUCCGGCCUUGAACUGGUCCACCUCGCCCUCAAAGCAAAGAGUUCCGAGAGUGAAGUGGAGGCCAGAGUUCUGGAGCUGAUUGACAACGUAAUCAGUGACUGCAGCCAGCCUCUGCCCGUGGUCUCGGAGAUCCCAUCUGCCACCUGCCUUGACAGUCACAUCCAUCGCUUCCGCUCCACCAACCUGCUGCAGAUCCGACAGGCAGCCGAGAACUUCAAGCAUCAGGAGCAACUGGAGCUGCAGCCUGUUCUGGACCAGGCAGAGGACUGGCUGGAGCGACUCAAGUCCAUGGCCGAGGAGCCCCAGAACAGCCUGCCUGACAUUGUCAUCUGGAUGCUACAAGGAGACCGAAGGAUAGCUUACCAUCGGAUCCCAGCCCACGAGGUCCUGUACUCCAGGAGAAGUUCGGUCUGCCAUGGUAAACACUGUGGGGCCCUUCAGACCGUCUACCUCAAGCACCCGCGAGGUGGCUCGAAAAUCGGCAAGAUCCCGGCACAGGUACGAGUGAGGAUCUGGUUUGGAAUGGCCGCAGACAGCAAAGAGUUUAACCAGUUCACCGAGGGGAAGCUGUCCGUCUUCGCAGAGACCUAUGAAAAUCAAACCAAGCUGGCCCUGGUGGGGAACUGGGGCACGACAGGCCUCACCUACCCCAAGUACACCGACGUCACCGGCAAGAUCAAGCUGCCCAAGGAAUCCUUUCGACCUUCGCCGGGCUGGGCUUGGGCCGGAGACUGGUUCAUCAGUCCUGAGAAAACUUUGUUGUACGAUGUCGAUGCUGGUCACAUGACCUUUGUCGAGGAGGUGUUCGAGAAUCAGAUGCGGUUGCCAGGGGGACAGUGGAUUCAGAUGACCGACACCUACACUGAUGUAAAUGGAGAGAAAGUUCUUCCGAAGGACGACAUUGAGUGCCCAGGGGGCUGGAAGUGGGAGGACACGGAGUGGUCCACUGACCUCAACAGAGCUGUUGAUGAACAAGGCUGGGAGUACGGAUUCACCAUCCCCCCGGACCGGAAGCCCAAGACCUGGUCGCCAGCCGAGAAGAUGUACCACACCAACAGGAGGCGCCGAUGGGUGCGGAUGCGGCGGAGGGACUUCAAACAGAUGGACGCGCUUCGCAAGACCAAGGUGGAGGAUGUGGAGAGCGAAGGCUGGGAGUACGCGUCCCUGUUUGGCUGGAAGUUCCACCUGAAGCAGCGGAAGACGGACACGUUCCGGAGGCGGCGAUGGAGACGGCGCAUGGAGCCGCUUGAGAAGGCCGGCCCGUCUGCUGUCUUCGCCCUGGAGGGAGCACUGGGAGGCGUUACAGACGACAAGAAUGAUGAAAAGACACCAUCCACCGUCAACCUUGGUGUGAACACUCCGACUGUCUCCUGCAUCUUCGACAGUGGGACGAGAUAUCACCUGCGCUGUUACCUGUACCAAGCCAGAGAUCUGAUUGCCAUGGACAAGGACAGUUUCUCUGACCCGUAUGCGAUCGUCUCGUUCCUCCACCAGAGCCAGACCACGGUUACCAUCAAGAGCACCUUGAACCCCACCUGGGACCAGACACUGAUCUUCCACGAGAUCGAGAUUUUCGGCAACCCUGACGACAUAUCCACUAGCCCACCGGACAUUGUGGUCGAGCUGUACGAUCAUGAUACCUACGGUGCCGAUGAAUUUAUGGGCCGAUGUAUCUGCAAACCCUCCCUGGAGUCCUCCCCCAGACUGGCCUGGUACCCAGUGCUCAGAGGGGGCAGAAAUGCAGGCGAACUUCUGGCUGCUUUUGAGCUCAUUCCACGGGAGAAGCGGUCAGUCCAUCGUAUUCCUGGCCUGGAGGACCAGUUUAGUACCCUGAAGGAGCUGUGUGUUCCUGACUUCUUCAGCGAGGGUCUACUGAGAUGGGAGGACGACACGGAUUUGCCCUACCCACCACCGCAGCGAGAGCCCAACAUCUACAUGGUUCCCCAGGGCAUCAAACCUGUCCUGCAACGUACUGGCAUCGAGAUUCUCGCCUGGGGCUUGCGGAACCUGAAGAGUUACCAGCUGGCCAGCGUGUCCUCGCCCAGCCUCAUCGUGGAGUGCGGGGGAGAGUUGGUUCAGUCCUGCGUCAUUAAGAACGCCAAGAAGAACCCCAACUUCAGCACGUCUGUCCUCUUCUUCGAGGUGCGCUUACCGAAGGAGGAAUUGUAUGCCCCGCCCAUCAGCAUCAAGGUGAUUGACAACAGGCAGUUUGGGAGACGGCCAGUAGUCGGUCAGUGCACCAUCAGGUCUCUGGAAGAAUUCUAUUGCGACCCUUACACGGAGAAGAGAGAUCUGACACCCCUGCUGGCUGACGCUCGAAGUCCGUCACUGCGGGAUGAUGUGCUGAUCGACAUUGAUGACAGACAGCCUCUGAUUCCCAGCCAGUUUCCAGGACGCAUGACCAGCUCAUCCCUGAAUAAAUCCCCUUCCAUGUCCAGUCUCCAUGAAGAUGAGUUUGUUGACUGGUGGAGCAAGUUCUACGCCUCGACAGGAGAGCAGAACAAGUGUGGCACUUACCUGGACAAAGGCUUUGAUACACUUGAGGUUUACGAUGUUGAGCUGGAGAAAGUCAAGGACUUUGAAGGGUUAACGGACUUCUGCCGCACCUUCCCACUGUACCGUGGGAAGACGGAAGGUGAAGAUGAAGACCCAUCCGUGGUGGGAGAAUUCAAGGGUAGUUUCAAGAUCUACGCCCUCCCGGAUGACCCUUCACUUCCGUCUCCACCCCGUCAGUUCCACCAGCUACCAGCCAGCGGACUCCAGGAGUGCCUGGUCAGAGUCUAUGUGAUCCGAGCUCUUGGACUGCAGCCCAAAGAUUCAAACGGCAAGUGCGACCCGUACGUGAAGGUUUCUAUGGGGAAGAAGUACGUCAGCGACCAGGAUAAUUACAUCCCGUGCACUCUCGACCCGGAGUUUGGGAGAAUGUACGAGCUGACAGGAAUCCUGCCCAUUGAGAAGGAUCUGAAGAUCACUCUGUAUGACUAUGACCUCCUGUCGAAGGAUGAGAAAAUUGGGGAGACAGUCAUUGACUUGGAGAAUCGCUUCCUGUCCCGGUUUGGAGCCUGUUGUGGGUUGCCCCAGACCUACUCCAUAUCGGGGCCAAACCGGUGGCGCGAUCAGCUCACACCGACGCAGUGCCUGCACAUCUAUGCACAGAGACACGGCUACAGGCUCCCCGUAUACAGGGAGGACAAAAUCUUGUUCAGAGGGCAGGAGUUUCUUCUCUCGGAAUUUGAGGACGGAGUGACAUUAAAUGUCCACCUCGGACCCCCAGCUGAACGGCUGGCCCUGUACGUGCUGCGCAAGCAAGGUCUGGUUCCUGAGCACGUGGAAACCAGGUCUCUCUACAGCCCUCUGCAGCCCGACAUCGAGCAGGGUAAGCUCCAGCUUUGGGUGGACAUCUUCCCAAAGUCACUCGGACCCCCGGGACCCCCGUUCAACAUAGCUCCCCGCAAAGCCAAGAGGUUCUACCUGCGCUGCAUUAUUUGGAACACCUAUGAUGUGAUCUUGGACGACGUCAGCAUCACGGGCGAGAAGAUGAGUGACAUAUACGUGAAAGGGUGGCUUCUGGGCUACGAAGGUCUCAAGCAGAAGACGGAUGUGCACUACCGGUCGAUGGGAGGAGAAGGGAACUUCAACUGGAGAUUCGUCUUCCCGUUCGAUUACCUGCCCACCGAGCAAGUCUGUUCCAUUGCCAAAAAGGAACAUUUCUGGAGUCUGGAUAAGACCGAGGUCAAGAUCUCGCCGCAGCUUAUGAUUCAGAUCUGGGACAAUGAUAAAUUUUCCUUUGAUGAUUAUCUGGGGUCCGUGCAAAUGGACCUGAACCAGAUGCCCAAACCGGCCAAGACAGCUGAGAAGUGCAGCCUGAUGACGCUGGAGAGCAACACAUUCGUCUCCCUGUUUGAGCAGAAGUCCGUCAAGGGCUGGUGGCCCUGCAUGGCGGAGACAGAGGGCAAGAAGAUCCUCGCCGGUAAAGUGGAGAUGACGCUGGAGAUCGUGACAGAGGAAGAGAAGGAGGAACGGCCUGCAGGUCAGGGUCGUGACGAGCCCAACAUGAACCCCAAGCUGGAGGAACCAAAGCGGCCGGACACGUCCUUCCUCUGGUUCACCUCCCCCUUCAAGACGGUGAGGUACAUUGUGUGGAGGAAGUUCCGUUGGCUGAUAAUCGGGCUGCUCCUUCUCUUCGUGCUUGUUCUCUUCAUCAUCGUCUUCCUCUACUCCUUCCCGGAAUAUGCUGCUAUGAAGCUGGUGAAGCCAUUUAACUGAGGCCCUCACUGUGGAGAACCAUUCUGGGAGACGGUGCUCGCAAUGCAAGUCACAUCACCACUGGAAACCUGGCUCGACAGGACACAGUAUAGCCUUUGAAUAUUACAGUACAGCAUUACGCAUAAAGCUUGUGGCUGGAUCCCACGAGUCCCUCUGAGGCGCCAGGUCCUCUGGUGCUCGCUGCCUUUACCCACUGCUGGCAUCACACGGAGCUUAGUGGAGAUCCAUGGCUUCCACAGGCUUGCUCUGCAUCAACACCUACCGCACGUUCCCCCGCCCGUCGCACUCACCCUGCCAACGCUUCGCCAUUUAGCGAGGAAGAAAGGGAGGCGGUGGCCAAAACUGAAGUGGGGCAGGACGAGACGGACAAGACCAGCGCGACCGCUCCCUCCACCUUCCGUUCUCCGGGACCUGGGGUUUCAGUAUUGUGUCACCACAACCUCCCCACCCCACUGAGAACAACUCCAGUGUGGCGCUGAGGGGGAGUCAGUGUUCCCAGGAGAUGGAGGUGUCUGUUGGGUGGGCGCAGAGUCAUAGAAAACCAUGUGGCACCAUGGAGCGCGGACGCUGGGAUCUGGAGCAACUGAACAAUCUGCUGCAGGAACUCAGCCGGUCGAGCAGCAUCUGCGGGAGGGAAGGAAUUGUCGACCUUUCGGUUCCUUGAUGCAAGUUUUGACCCGAAAUUCCUUUCCUCCCACCAGCUGAGUUCCUCCCAGCGGAUUGUUUGUUGGUCAUUAAUAAACCUCCUUGCCUUACCCCUACCCUCACCCCCUCUCCCUUGAGUAUCUCCUACAUAAGAAAUGGUGCCUUGGAUAUCAUCAGAUGUGUCUUCCCUCCGGACACAUUUCUCCACAGCCAGAGCUCGGGCCAACCUGCCGAAUGGAACCUCAUUGGAACCGUUGUCCAGAGAGGUGAACCCAGUCCUGCUCUCUGAUUGGCUGACUGUUUCUUCCACUUUCAUGCCGUGUUUUUAUAUUUGUAUCUCAGUCCAUGGAAGGGCAGCCAAAAGGGUUAAUGUGUAGGCGAUGGCAGUGUCUCUCCCUAACCAGACCCCAGCCGGACCCCAUCCACCAGUGUACUGAGCUCAAUUCGUCAAUGGGAGACACCAGUCAGACCUCUGGACAAGGUGGUUAAAGCUCACUUAACUCCUGAGAAAACAGAAACCACAAGUGUUUUCUGCCUCCAUGUAGAUUUGGAGAUCUCUGUCUACAUUGAUAAUGGUGGACUCCUUCACCGUAGGCGUGUGGCUCUCCAUCUGCACUGGGACCUGAGUGACCUUCCUCCGCACCAGGGCCUGGAGACGUCCCUCCACAUUGGAACCUGAGUGACCUUUCUCCACACUGUGCCUGGGAUGUCCCUCCACGCUGGGGCCUGGAGGCCCUCCCUCCGUGCUGGGGCCUGGAGGCCCUCCCUCCGCGCUGGGGCCUGGAGGCCCUCCCUCCGCGCUGGGGCCUGGAGGCCCUCCCUCCGCGCUGGGGCCUGGAGACCUUCCCUCCGCACUGUAUCCCAAGGCAUCACUCUCCAUCCUGAAAUAAAAACAGAAAAUGCUGAAAACACUCAGCAAGUCAGGGAGCAUCUGUAGAAAGAGAAACAGUUAAUGUUUCAGUUCAAGGACUCUUCUUCAGAGUUUUGAAGUCACACAGCAUAAAAACAGGCCCUUCGGCCCAAUUGGUCCAUGCCGACCAGGGUGCCCAUCCAAGCUAGUCCCACUUGCCCGCAUUUGGUCCAUAUCCCUCUGAACCUUUCCUAUCCAUGUACCUGUCCAACUCUCUUUUAAAAGUUGUUGUUGUACCUGCCUCAACCACUUCCUCUGGCAACUCAUUCCAUAUAUGGACCAGCCUCUGUGUAAACCAAACUUGCCCCUCAAGUUCCUAUUAAAUCCUUCCACUCUCACCUUAAACCUACGCCCUCUCGUUCUUGAUUUACCAAACCUGGGAAAAAGACUGAAUGUAUUCACCGAUUCUCCCUACCUAUGUCAACACUAUUACAACAUUUAAAGGACAUUUGGACAGGUUCGUGGGCAUGAAAGGUUCGAAGUGAUAAGGAUCUAACACAAGCAAAUGGGGUUAGCUUAAAUAGGCAUCUUGGUCAGCAUGGACGAGUUGGGCUGAAGGGCCUGUUUCUGUAUUGUAUAACUAUGAAUUUUAAGAGCACAGCCAGAUAGUCUGAACAAUCUCCUCAUUUUCUAGUUCAUGCUGCCCUCCAAGUCCUAUCCUGUUGACCAUCCCUGAGUUCAACUCUUUCACCAUCAGCGGCCUUGCCUUCCAUUGUGUUGGCCUCAGCUCUGGAAUUUCCUCCCUCAACCCCCCGCCCUUCUCCUAUCAUCCAUAGGAUGCCCCAGUGUUUGCUCCCUCGAUGUAUUCUUCAGUGCCGUAACAUCUGCUGGUGUGGUACUGAGUCAGAUGUUGUGUGCAGGCACUCCCGGGGAGCACACUGGGGCAUUUCACUGUGUUAAAACUGCUUUCUAAUGCAUUUGGUUGAGUUUUUGAAUCCCAUGGUUUUCAGAACCAGUUUAUUAUGGUUUUCAAGGUCAAUUAUAUCAGCAACAAGUUAAAUCCCAGUCCUUCCCAUCUCUUGUCUGAAUACUAUUUAGAUUCUUGAGUCUACACUGGGUGGUAAGGUCAGCACGAGAGACUUGUGUCCUGAGUGUUGAUCGAUAUGAAGGAAUAACUGUUCUUGUUGUCUUGGCUUUGCCAGAAUAUGAAUCUUGGUAUGUUUGAAUAUAAAUAAAAUAAAUAAAUAUAUAUUUUAAACGCA